AUGCUUCGUUCACGGCAAGCUGGCCAAGCCUUAAAGGUUUUGGCUCAGACUUCGCGACAACAACGCCGUUCUCUCACUACGUCGUCGUCGUCUAUCUCUUCCGUUGUUCAGACCAAGAAGAAUGCCCCUACAGGUGUCAGAAGUCAAGCUACUUCAGCUCAAUCGCCUGCUCAAGUCAGACAAGCCCCUGCUCCAGCGUUCAACACCGCCGACACGAAAGACCGAAACCAUGUUCAACCCUUGGUCAACCCUCGAGCUCCUGAGAUGGACGAGUCGUUCAUUGGGAAGACUGGAGGAGAGAUUUUCCAUGAAAUGAUGCUUAGGAGGGGUGUUAAGCACAUAUUUGGCUAUCCCGGCGGAGCUAUUCUACCUGUGUUUGAUGCCAUUUACAACUCAAAACAUUUCGAAUUCAUCUUACCAAAGCAUGAACAAGGCGCCGGACACAUGGCCGAGGGGUAUGCGCGUGCCUCUGGAAAACCUGGCGUUGUGCUAGUCACUUCCGGUCCAGGUGCCACUAAUGUCAUCACUCCAAUUCAGGAUGCCAUGUCUGAUGGCACGCCAUUGGUUGUAUUCUGUGGCCAGGUUCCUACGAGUGUGAUUGGAAGCGAUGCUUUUCAGGAAGCAGACGUUAUAGGAAUAUCGAGAUCUUGUACUAAGUGGAACGUCAUGGUUAAAAACACCGCCGAAUUACCGCGACGCAUCAACGAGGCCUUCGACAUUGCGACUAGCGGGCGUCCGGGUCCUGUGCUCGUCGAUCUACCUAAGGAUGUUACUGCUGGUGUCCUGAGAAGGGCUAUCCCUACCGAGUCAGCCAUCCCAGGCUUACCUAGUGCAGCGUCCCGUGCCGCCAUGGAAAUUUCUCAGAAGCAGCUUCAAGCUUCUCUUCGCCGAGUAGCUGAUUUAUUGAAUAUCGCCAAGAAGCCCGUUAUUUAUGCUGGACAGGGUGUUGUCUCGUCAAUUGGUGGACCUGAGGUCCUCAAAGAACUCGCUGAAAAGGCUUCAAUACCUGUUACCACAACCCUUCUCGGUCUCGGUGCUUUUGACGAGCUAGAUGAGAAAUCGCUCUACAUGCUAGGCAUGCACGGCUCAGCGUUCGCUAACAUGUCGAUACAAAGUGCCGAUCUUAUCAUUGCCCUCGGUGCCCGCUUUGAUGACCGUGUGACCAUGAAUGUCACUAAAUUCGCGCCUGCAGCCAAGGCUGCGGCUGCCGAGGGUCGUGGUGGUAUCGUGCAGUUCGAGGUCAUGCCGAAGAAUAUUAACAAGGUUGUGCAAGCAACCGAAGCUAUCGAAGGUGACGUAGCAGAGAAUAUCCGACAGCUUCUUCCUUUGAUCAACAUAAAGAGUAUGUCGGACCGUAAGGAAUGGUUCGGCCAGAUUGAUUCGUGGAAAGCAAAAUGGCCUAUGAACGCCUUUGAGCGAACCGAACGAGCGGGAAUGAUCAAGCCGCAGGUUCUAAUCGAAGAGCUUAGCAAGUUAACGGCCAACCGAAAGGAGCACACGAUUCUCACGACAGGUGUUGGCCAGCACCAAAUGUGGGCGGCGCAGCAUUUCAGGUGGAGACACCCUCGGACCAUGAUUACAUCCGGAGGCCUCGGCACUAUGGGAUACGGACUUCCCGCUGCCAUCGGUGCUAAGGUUGCUCGGCCAGAUGCCCUUGUUAUCGAUAUCGAUGGUGACGCUUCCUUUAACAUGACCCUAACAGAACUGUCAACUGCUGCGCAAUUCAACAUCGGCGUUAAGGUUAUCGUCCUGAAUAAUGAGGAGCAGGGUAUGGUAACCCAAUGGCAAAACCUUUUCUACGAGGACCGAUACGCCCACACACAUCAGAAGAAUCCUGACUUCAUGAAGCUAGCCGAUGCUAUGGGAGUCCAGCACCGAAGACUUAUCAAACCUGAAGACACAGUGGAAUGCCUAGAAUGGCUCAUCAACACCGAUGGCCCGGCCUUCUUAGAGGUCAUGACAGAUAAGAAGGUACCUGUACUCCCCAUGGUACCUGCGGGAUCAGGUUUACACGAGUUUUUAUCAUUCGAUAGUGAAAAAGAUAAGAAACGAAGAGAGCUUAUGCGCACUCGAACUUGCGGAUUACAUACCUAA